AUGAACGCGCCAGUCGACCCAGCACAGAGCCCGGCGACGGACCAAACUGAGAAAGAUAUGGAAUCGGGACCAGUCUUAAAGGAAUCCAUGGGUGAUGAACCACCACUGGCCUACGUCGACACGAGUAUCGAAAAGGGAAAAUUGAAGAUUCGGAACGAUAGCGAUGCUACAACAGCAUCCGAUCCUACGAAAACGACUGUUGUUGCGACUCCGCUAACCUCUUCCGACGAACUCGCGGACCACUUGGGAGGAUCACGUCAAUACUGGCGGGAUAUUAUCCUCGGAGUGAACGACGGUCUCGUCUCCACAUUUCUGCUCGUAGCCGGCGUCGCCGGUGGUGGACUUGCUUCGACCGACAUUCUGCUGACGGCUAUUGCCGGUGCACUAGCCGGAGCCAUCAGCAUGUGCGCUGGUGAAUACGUCGCGACGAAAUCGCAGAAUCAAGUCCUGCAGGGAGAAAUCAAUCUCGAAAAGCAACACGUGCAGUUUCGCUUUGAAGAGGAGAUCGCUGAAAUGGAAGCGGAACUACUACCAAUCAUUGGCAUUGGUGAAGAUCAGCCGGAACUGCGCGAGAAGCUGUUGGAGUACUAUACGGCCCAUCCCGAUGCCUUGCUCAAGAUUAUGAUUGCACUCGAGUUUGGUGUUGUGGAUCACGAGCAACGAUCAGCCGUAUGUGCAGGUCUGACUUCGUGUGGCACUUUUCUUCUGGGAACUCUUCCGUCCGUGUUGCCCUUUGUGUUCUUGGACGAUCCAACAGUGGGUCUGAUUGUGGCGGCGAUCGUUGCGACCCUGACGUUGUUGUUGGUGGGGGCGAUCAAAACGUGGGCCACGCGCGGCAACGCUUGGACGGCUGCCUUGGAGAAUCUGGUCAUUGCCGGUGUCGGUGGUGGAUUUGCCUACGGUAUUGGUCUUUUGUUCGAUUCAACCUUGCAUGGAUAACCAGUUGUGGGCCCAUGUGCGGUAUUGUUGGGCCAACGACGAGAGAGGCAACACACAAACACGAGAUCAGAAUACUUGUUGGCAAAGCUUCUGAGAGUCCUUUCUGGACAGCUUCAAAAAAAACGAUGCUUGCACAUACACAUACACGUAAUUUUUAUAUGCAUAAACAUAAAUAUCUAUGUACAAUC